AUGACAGAAACGACGGAAACGACGGAAACGACAGAAACGACGGAAACGACGGAAAAGAGAAAUUUUCGUUUUGAAACUCUUCAAUUACACGCAGGUCAUACACCUGAUAUUGCUACACGUGCAAGAGCUGUUCCAAUUUAUGCAACUACUUCGUUUACAUUUAAAAAUGCUGAACAUGCCGCAAAUGUUUUUGGUGGUAAAGAAGUAGCUUACGUUUAUUCGAGAAUGGAUAAUCCAACAACAUCUGUAUUUGAACAGAGAAUGGCUGCGCUUGAAGGUGGAACUAACGCUAUUUCUACAUCAUCUGGUCAGGCUGCACAAUUUGUUGCCAUCACAACGAUUUGUUCAAUGGGUGAUAAUAUCAUUUCAACAAGUUGUUUAUAUGGCGGAACUUACAUUCAAUUUAAGGUUACACUUCCAAGAUUUGGGAUCAAUGUUAAAUUCGUUCAAGGUGAUGAUCCAGAAGAAUUCUCUAAAUUAAUAGAUGAUAAAACGAAAGCUAUAUAUCUUGAAUCUAUGGGAAAUCCGAAAUUUAAUGUUCCAGAUUUUGAAGCAAUAUGUAAGGUUGCACAUGAUGCGGGAAUACCUGUUAUCGUUGAUAAUACCUUUGGUGCUGGUGGAUAUCUUAUUAAGCCAAUUGAACAUGGUGCAGAUAUUGUUGUUCACAGCGCAACGAAAUGGAUUGGAGGUCAUGGAACAACAAUAGGUGGUGUAAUAAUUGAUGGUGGUAAAUUUCCGUGGAAUAAUGGAAAAUUCCCAAUUUUUACUAAUCCAUGUACUGAUUACCAUGGGUUAAUUUGUUGGGAUACAUUUGGCUAUAAUUCCUUUACUAUGAAAGCACGUUUAGAAAUUAUGCGUAACAUUGGACCAUGUCAAAAUCCUUUUGGUUCAUUUUUAUUAAUUCAAGGUCUUGAAACUUUAUCAUUAAGAGUUCAUAGACAAGCUGAAAAUGCUUUAGAAUUAGCAAGAUGGUUAGAAUCAAGAGAUGAUGUCUUAUGGGUUUCAUAUCCAGGACUUGAAUCACAUCCUUAUCAUAAAAAUGCUAAAAAAUAUAUGCGAAAUGGUUUUGGAUGUGUUUUGGCUUUUGGUGUUAAAGGUGAUGCUAAUAUUGGUGACGCAUUCAUUGAUGCUUUACAACUUGCAAGUCAUUUAGCAAAUGUGGGAGACGCAAAAACUCUCGUAAUACAUCCUGCUUCAACGACACAUCAACAAUUAACGGACGAAGAACAAAUAUCUGCAGGAGUAAAUAAAGAGAUGAUACGUGUCUCUGUUGGCUAUGAACAUAUCGAUGAUAUUAAAGAAGAUUUUACAAUUGCGUUUGAAAAAAUUAAAGAAAUCAAUUAA